CCCACUUAUAUUUCUUUUUUUAUCUCUUUAUCUGUGAAAACAGUAGUGAAGUAAUGAGUUUAUGGAGAACUAAAAACACGUUUGUGUCCGUUGUUCAAUUGAACGAGUAACCCAUUGUCUUUAUAUUCACAUUUAGUUCUGACAAUAUCCGCAUGUGUGUGUAUUGGCCGCUGUGUGUCGCUUCGGAUCCACUCGUGUUCUUCCGGUAGUCUCCGGUUCAUCUUUUUCGAGACACUUCAUGAAAAAAGACAAAUGGCCGAGCGGCCGUAGUCUCGUCUCUCCCGACUCGUUCUCUUGAUUCUUUGACGUACCCGUUGAUUUUCGCCGCUUCGGGGGCUGGAUAGCCGUGCGUGCGGCUCGUUUCGAGGUUCGUACCGGGCUCGGCUACGCUCGGACCAGGUGCUCGCCCCGCGGCUGCUCGGUUGCAUUCGGCUCUUGUCGUUUCAGCGCCGGGGAAUGGACGAGGCGGACUCGGCCACGAAGGCGCUCGGGCUGGAUGAACCGCCCAUCGACACGCUGCCUGUUCAGGAAGUGGGUUCGGAUACCGAAUCGGAGGCCGAAGUCACCACGAUGGCCGUGAUGGCGGAACCGGGAAACCUCGACAUGGGAGCCGAGUCCCUGCCGAACUCAGACGAGGUCGAGGCGGCGUAUGCAGAGGUGACCGCUGUGACGGUGGCGGACGUUCAAGCUGGAGAGGACAACGUAUUUACCACGACGGUCGCCACCUCAGGAAGCCUCCCUGAACACGUGCUGAGUGGGAGGACAACCCUCCAGCUGGGGGAUGGUCUCAGCACCCAGAAGGCCACCUUGAUCGUGGUUCACACCGACGGCAGCAUCGUGGAGGCCACCGGCCUCAAGUCCACUCCAUCAAUGGCAUCAGACCCGCAGACCCCGCCCAUCCCGCUGACUCCGCCCCAGGACAAGGACUCAUGCUCCAAGUACAACUGGGACCCCUCGGUCUACAACAGCGAGCUGCCGGUCCGCUGCAGGAACACCAGCGGAGUCCUCUACAAGGCCCGGCUGGGAUCAGGGGGCAAAGGUCGCUGCAUCAGACACAACCAGCAGUGGUUCAGCCCCACCGAGUUUGAGGCUCUGGCAGGAAGAGCGAGCAGCAAAGACUGGAAGAGGAGCAUCAGAUAUGCUGGGAGGCCUCUGCUCUGCCUCAUCCAGGAGCGUAUCCUGAACCCGCAUGCUGCUUCCUGCACCUGUGCAGCCUGCUGUGAUGACCUGACAGGGGGUCCAAAGGACGGAGAGACUCUGGAAGCAGAGAACAUCAGUAUGACGGGUCCAGUCCGUCUCUUCGUCCCCUACAAGAGACGGAAGAAGGACAACGAGCCGCUGGUCGCCUCCCCGAAGAAGGAACCCCCCGCCGCCAAAAACAUCACGCUGACGCCGGGCACCACAUUCACAGUGUCCCCGUCGGGACAGUUCACCACCUCCGGCACCUUGACCUUCGAGCGCACGCCGCCGGGGGACGCCACCAUCCUCUCGGAGGGCUCGCCGCAGAGCGAGGUGUUCACCAGCACAGCAGUGCUGACGGCGUUGCCGCCGCUGGCCGUGACCCCUCAGCCGCUUCAGGCGAAGAUGGCGGUGACGGUGGCGGCGUCUCCGUCGGCUGCGCUGGUGAGCAGUCUGGAGGCGGAGCCUGUGGGGGGGCCGGUGCUCAUCGAGGGCCAGAGGAACACCUGGCUGCACCUGGAGGAGAUGGCCAACACGCUGAUGAGCAACGUCCAGCAGCUGAAGGGUCUGAUCGAACAGGCCAAAAACUCUGCCGGGGUCAAAGGUCAGGGAGGCAGGAAGGAGUUAUUUCAGAACCAGAUCACGUUCCAGCAGCCGGACGAAUCGGAGGUCAAGAGGAGCUCUGACAUCACAGAGAUCAUCAUCAACAUGUGCGUCAACUGUGGCCGGGUGGCGAUGAGCGAGUGCACCGGCUGUCACAAGGUCAACUACUGCUCCCCCUUCUGCCAGAGGAAGGACUGGAAGGAACAUCAGCACACCUGCUGUCAAUCAGCCGGGGGCAUUUCCGUCCAGGAGGAGGAGCCAAUCACAACCAUGGACAUAGACAAAGUGAAAUGAAUGACUGAAAGUCCUUUUAUGGUCUGAAGAGGAGUGGGUCUGUUCUAAAGACCUACGAUCUCUUCACAGGAACUUUUUUUAUUGUGAAGGUUUGUCCUUCGGAUUGGUGUCCUGAGGGACGAGUCCCAGGUUCAGUUUCAUAAAGACGGGUACUGCUGACACCAAACAUUAUUUCUGAUUAUUAAUUAAUCUGUUGACACUUUCUUAGUUGAUUCAUUUUAUUAAUAACCCCAUUAAAAAAAAUAAAAAUUAGUUUUAUACUGCCAUUUUUACUCAUUUGAAUUACCUGCUGCUCCCUGCAGCAGCAGCAGGUAACUCCAGCUGUGCAGACACCUAUGCGACCCUACAAUGUGGUUGAAAAUCCGGGGUUCUGUGAAUUGAUCC